AUGCCGCCCAUUCCUUGCGAUGGCUAUGAGCGAGCAGACUGGCUGCAGCACAUCAGUGACGAGAUCAGCAUCGCAGAACUAUGUCUACCUGCCACCCAUGAAACUUUGGCACUCUAUGGCUUUCCUAUCUCGGUCUGCCAGACCCAGGCGCUCGAGCAACAGCUUCUAGAAGGCAUUCGCUUCAUCGAUGUGAGAUUCGCUUACGUCAAGAAGAAGAGGCGCCACGUGCACCUGGACGAGAAGAAUACACAGCCGCGAGAGUUGUUGGCCUACCAUGGCAUACAGUCUCAGCGGCUCAAAGCAGUCGAUGUGCUCAACCUCCUCGUCGAUUUCGUUGAGAAACAUCCGAGCGAAUUCGUCAUUGUGUCCAUCAAGCAGGAGAACCGAGCGGCAGGAUUCGAGCAAGCCGUCAUGAACCUCAUCGCCACAAACAGCAAGCGGUGGUUCCUCGAGCGACGCAUACCCACCCUCCGCGAAGCGAGAGGCAAGUUGGUGCUCUUCUCGCGCUUUGGCCAGGAUCCAGGAGGUAUUCAGCUGCCAACGUGGCCCGAUAACCAACCACAAGCCUGGCGAACGUUCUUCGACGGACGAGACGUCAUCGUACAAGAUCGUUACUUGAUCGGCGUACUUGACAUACCUGAGAAAGCAGCCGUGUCCGCUGCGCUGAUCGAGGAUGCUUUGCUUCCCCUCGACCAGUCACGUUCGCGAGCAUCGUCGACAAGCUCGUGCAAGCCUAUGAUCCCAUUACAAGCGUCCGACAAUGCUUGGCGCAUUGACUUUACAUCGGGUGGUUCUCCGCCGUUCGCAUAUCCUGUCGUCGUUGCAAAGGGACUCUCGAUACCUUGCCUGUCUCUCUUUGCCGGCGUCAACGAGCGCAUCAAGUCUACCCUGAUCGCAGCGACAGACAAGGGUCAGAAAGCUCGCGGACUCGUGCUGCUCAUGGACUUUUAUGACCUCGAGAUGGUUGAUCUGAUCAUCACAUUGAACUGA